CAGGAUAAGUUCUGUUCAGCUGUGAUUUCCUCAGUUAACCCUUUCUGCCUGCGCGUCUGCGGCGCGUUGCGCUUUAAAGGUCCCUCCACACGCGAGCCCCGCCCCUCUGCGCGCAAGCGGCUUCUGGUUGGCUCGAUGCAGCUCAUUUGCAUUGACGUCAUUCGAGGCUGUAGGUCAAUCCGUGCGCGUGCUUUUAUUGGAUCUGCUGCUGUCACAUUCGCGCCGCUGCUGUUCUCAACGCGGGUUAUUCUUCGUCAGGAAACUCGCGACGCGCAAACGCCUUUUCUUCUGUUAUCUGGCGGCCGUCCGUGGGUUUUCUCCGUCCGUCCCCGUGAAAGAGAGGCAGAAUCGUAGGCCCUUGAUUGACAGCUGCUGUUUAAUACAGCUUUGGCGUUGACGCGCCGCUCCGGAGUUUCAUCUAACGGCCCGUUUGAUGUCAUAAAUGCCGGAUCGCGCGUCCCGCGGCGCGUCCGGGACAGAUUUCAGCCUGUUGAUGGGGAGCGGAAUAAACGCGCCGGUUGGUUCCCGAUGACUGCGGCUGAGGGAAGAGACACAGAGGCCGCGCGGAGCGAUCGGGUCGAAGGAGAAUAAGCGCACGAGCAGAUGGACGUGGACCGAACCGGAGCUUGAAAUCCGCCAGAAAAGAGGCGAAGCUCGUGAGCGGACCGUGAGGAUGAGGAGUAACGGGCGCGAGUGAAGCGCGGCGUCGGUCGGGGGGAGCAGAGCAACAUGAGCAGAGUUUGUGUUUGAUCGAUAGACUCGAUAGAUCCGAUCUCCUGAUGAUCUGAGAGAGAAACAUUCCUAUCCGCGCAGUGAAUGAUGGGCUGCGCCUCCAGCAUCCACAUCUCCGAUCGGGUUAAUCACAGCGAGGACUCGCAGAACUGCUCUCAUCCGGGCCACAUCAAGCCUCAGAGCACGUUAACGGAGGUGCAGUUUGGACCAAUGAAGCUGUAUGAAGAUCAGCUGCAGGUGCUGUUAGUGUUUGCCAAAGAAGAUGCUCAGAGUAACAGCUUCUGCUGGGCGUGUGAACGCGCUGGUUUCAGGUGUAAUGUGUCCCGAACACCAGAAGCGGCGCUGGAGAGUUUCCUGGAGAAGAACCACGAUCUGAUCAUCAUCGAUCACAGACAUUCCAGAUGCUUCGACGCUGAAGCGCUCUGUCGCUCAAUUCGAGGCAUCAGCUGCUCUCACAACACUGUGAUUGUGGCUGUAGUGAAGAGGCCGGAUCGUGAAGAAGCCACUGUGAUGCCACUGAUAUCAGCAGGAUUUAACAGGCGAUAUGUGGAGAACCCUAACAUGAUGUCCUGUUAUAACGAACUCCUCCAGCUCCAUCACGGAGAAAUACGAGCUCAGAUCAAACUCCGAGCUUGUAACGCUGUUUUUACUGCACUGGAACAGAGUCAGGAAGCCAUUGAGAUCAGCAGUGAAGAUCAUAUCAUACAGUACGUCAAUCCAGCGUACGAGUGCAUCAUGGGAUACCAGCGUGAAGAACUGCUGAAGGAAAACACUGAAGUGCCUAAGAGUGAAAAAAACAAACCAGACCUUCUGGAAAACAUCAGCUCCUGCAUCCGCAGAGGGAAAGAGUGGCAGGGGGUAUAUUAUGCCAAAAAGAAGAACGGAGACAGUGUGCAGCAGAAUGUGAAGAUGACGCCUGUGGUUGGACAGGGAGGUAAAAUCAGGCACUGUGUGUCUGUUACCAGGCCUUUAAAUGACCAUAACAAGACAGAAAAGUGCUGUGAGCGAGUCCAGGCCGAAUCACAGACAGAUAUUCAGCAGUUCAGCAAACACAAGGACCGCAGGAAAGGAUCGCUGGACGUUCGCUCCGACGACCUCUAGAGGAAGUGAUGCAGGAAGUUCUCAGAGGAGACACUCGUCUAUGGCCAGAAUCCACUCCAUGACUAUUGAAGCUCCCAUCACUAAGGUA